AUGGCUGCCGUUAACCUCCCCUCCAUCACAACCCUAAUCUCUCACUCGUCCUCUCUCCUUUACCCUCCAAAACCACCCAAUUCAACCCCUUCGGUUUCUUUCCACAAAACUCCUCUUCCUAUCUUCUCUAACCACACCAAAACCCCACAACUUCAUCCUUCUAAAAACACCAAAGACUACUGUAACUUGCUUCAUCUAUCAGUUGAGCAUGGCUACAUCGAACUUGCCAUGGCUGUUCAUGCUUCAAUUCUUAAGAUUCAAGCGAACUCCCCAUAUUUGUCUAAUGCACUCAUCGUGGCUUAUUUCAAAUUGGGUCUUACGAGUCAUGCUUACAAGGUGUUUAAUUGUCUUGAAAAUCCCGACGUGGUUACCUUCACGGCUAUGAUUUCUUGGUUUGCUAGGUCAAACCGAGAGAUUGAAGCCAUAAAGUUGUUCUUUGAAAUGAGGAGGUUAGGUAUCGAGCCUAAUGAGUAUAGUUUCGUUGCUAUACUGACCGCUUGUGCGUGGGUGUUGAAUCUUGAAUUGGGUUCUCAAGUUCAUUGUUUAGCCAUCAAAAUGGGGUUUUUAGGAGAAACUUAUGUUUCAAAUGCUCUGAUGGGGUUCUAUAGUAAAUGUGGUUAUUUAGAUUGUGUGCUUGAGGUGUUUGAUGAAAUGUUCCAGAGAGACAUCUCUUCAUGGAAUACAGUGAUAACGGCUCUGGUCAAGAGUUCCAUGUAUGAAAAGGCAUUGCAAUUGUUUCGUGGUUUCUUACAAACAGAUGAACAUAGAAUCGACCAUUUUACUCUUUCAACCCUUCUAACUGCUUGCACUGAAUAUGCUGCCUUCAUGGAGGGCCGUGAACUUCACGGUCAUGCACUAAAAUUAGGGUUAGAAAACAACUUGAGUGUUGGUAAUGCACUAAUUGGGUUCUACACCAAAUUCAGGAGCUUAAAAUAUGUGGUUGGUCUGUUUGAUAGAAUGGCUGUUAAAGAUGUAAUAACCUGGACUCAGAUGAUAUCUGUUUACAUGGAAUCCGGACUUCUUGAAAUGGCAGAGAAGGUGUUCGAUAAAAUGCCUGAGAAGAAUUGUGUCUCUUAUAAUGCCCUCUUAGCAGGGUUUUGCCAAAAUGGUGUUGGGUCAAGAGCUUUGGGUAUGUUUUGCAGAAUGUUGGAACAAGGGGUUGAGUUGGAUGAUUUCUCAUUAACUAGUAUCAUAAAUGCUUGUGGAUUGCUCAGAGAUAAGAAGACCAGCGAACAGAUUCAUGGGUUCAUUCUGAAAUUUGGGUUUGGCUCCAAUGAUCGUAUCGAAUCUGCAUUGCUUGAUAUGUGCACAAAAUGUGGAAGAAUGGCCGAUGCAGAAAAGAUGUUUCACAGCCAGUCAAUAAGCCAUGAUAAUUCGAUUAUAUGGACAUCAAUGAUUUGUGGGUAUGGUAGAAUUGGACAGCCAUAUGAAGCACUUUCUUUGUUCUUCAAAAGUCAAUCUGAAAACACCAUAACCAUUGAUGAAAUUGUAUCAACAACAGUCCUUGGUAUUUGUUCGACCGUUGGGUUCGACAGAGUUGGAGAACAAAUCCACUGUACUGCUUUGAAAUCAGGUUUGAUCGAUGAUAUAGGAGUGGGAAAUGCAUUAAUUGGAAUGUAUAGCAAGUGUGGCAACAUGAUGGCCUCAAUCAAGAUUUUUAAUCUCAUGAAGAAACAUGAUAUAGUUUCUUGGAACAGUUUGAUGGCUGGCUAUGUUUUUCACCGGCAAGGGGACAAGGCCUUGGAUCUAUGGGCCGCAAUGAAAGAGGCAAAAAUACAGCCAGAUUCAAUCACCACCCUCUUGAUAAUCUCAGCUUACACACACACCACCUUGAAUAUGGUCAAUGAAUGCCAUAGAUUCUUUCACUCCAUGAAAACCACUUACAACAUAGAACCGAUUUCAGAUCAUUAUGCCUCAUUGGUUGGUGUCUUUGGGCGGUGGGGUUUACUCGAACAGGCUGAGGAAAUUAUCAACAAAAUGCCGUUUGAGCCAGACCCUUUUGUAUGGAGAGCUUUGCUUGAUAGUUGCAAAACACAUAUGAAUACAAUCAUCGGCGAAAGGGCAGCAAAGGAAAUUAUUGCCAAGAAGCCAAACGAUCCAUCUACGUAUAUACUUAUAUCUAACUUAUAUUCCGCAUCUGGUAGAUGGCAGUGCUCUGAAACCAUGAGGGAAGAGAUGAGAGAAAAGGGUUUCCAGAAAAGGCCUGGAAAAAGUUGGAUCAUCCACGAAAACAAGGUUCAUUCAUUCUAUGCAAGAGACAAAUCACACCCCCGAUCCAAAGAUAUUUACAGCGGGCAAGAUAUAUUAGUUUUGGAAUGUUUGAAAGCUGGAUACAUGCCGGAUACUAGUUUUGUGCUUCAUGAGGUGGAGGAGCAUCAUAAAAGGGAUUUCUUGUACUACCAUAGCGCGAAGCUAGCAGUUACAUAUGGUCUUUUAACGAGUAGGCGUGGGACCCCGGUUCGUGUUAUGAAGAAUAUCCUUCUUUGUGGGGAUUGUCAUACAUUCUUCAAGUAUGUCUCUAUUGUUACCAAAAGGGAGAUUCAUAUCAGGGAUGCUUCAGGCUUCCAUUGUUUUGUGAAUGGUGAGUGUACAUGCAAAGGUAAGUGAGCUAAAUGAUGACAUACAUGUGUUUUGUUGUGCAAUAUUCACAAAUGAAUAUAUCAUAUUUUUAUUAGUUUACAUUGAAA